AGCCGGUUUGGAAUUUUGACGCCCGCCUUGCAGUUUUUCGCUCUCUUCUUUGGGCGCAGAAUCCAACUCUUUUAGCUUUGGCUGUUAGCAUAACAUCCUCGUAGGACUGGAGAAGGAUUUGGGGAAUGUGUAUGCGUUCUAAUGAUUGAUUUUUGCUUUGCAGUUAAGCCAACCGGCCAAAACUGCUUCUUUUCCAUUUAGUUUUGUAUGUUUUUCUUAGUCUUUUGAAUUGUGAUUGGUACGUUUGGUGACCUGAAAGCACUUGUCCUGUUUUUGGAUCCACGCAGCUCUUGAAUUUCUUUUCUUUGCCUGGUCAAAGUAAUAAAAAGAAGAAAUUUAGCAGUCCAUGAAGCCGCGAGUAAUUUAUCUAUUUUGGUGAUUGAGCUUCUCCCAAGCAUAACAUAUUAGCUUUUCAAAUUCUUCAACUCUUUCUCAAGCCAUAGCUGAUCAAGAUGCUUCUUACUGGAAAAUUACAUAAAUAUAUUCUCAGUUCUGUCACUGUCUUCUUGUAUGUGUCAGGGAUAUCAUAUGCUUCAAUUCUCAAAGGAAACUUGGAGGUUUUCUUCCCUAGUGAGAUUUCAACAAUAAGUUUAGCUUCAGUGGGUACUUUCUGUGUGGCAAGACAGAAUGCAGACCCUACUGCACUAAAAGCGGGUCUCGAUUGGGCUUGUGGUCCGGGUUUAGUAAAUUGUGGCCCCAUACAGCCGGGCCAACCUUGUUAUGUAGCUAACAAUAUUACGGCCAUUGCUUCAUAUGCGUAUGAUGCCUAUUACCAAGCUAAUCAGGCAACAGGAGGAACCUGCUCCUUCAGUAAUACAGCCAUGCUUACUAACACUGACCCGAGCAGCGGCUCUUGCAUUUUCCCUGGAAGUACUGGUAGUGGUGGUGGCAGCACCGGCGGCGGCGGCGGCAGUGGCGGGGGGUCGAACGGCACUGGUGGUUCGGGAACUCCUUCCAGCCCGAGUUUUGCACCUCCCAGCUUCGUGCCUCCGGGCACUUUCGAACCGGCCAACGAUGACAAUGGUGUUUCAAGGCUACAAAUUCUCAAGCUGGUUUAUCUUUCAGCACUGGUCUUGCUUGCUUCAGUCAUGCUGUAGAAAACAUAUUCAAGAGGAAUAUUAUACAGAAGAGUGUCUAAUUAUGUCCUCAAGCCUCUCUCUCUCUCACUCUCUCUUUUUAUUUUAUUAUUAUUAUUAUUUUUUAUUGUGAAUGUUGUUUCUCUCCUUACUCGCUUAUAUUUGAUCACUGAACGGCAAAACAGAUGAAAAUGAUUGUUUUUUUUUC